CCAUUGUGCGAAACGUCGUGUGCCUUACAGCUACUCCUUUGCACCUGUCGCAAUUAGAUCACGAACGCGAGCUUUCAUACUUCUCAACAGACGAUACACGGAACGACAAAAAAGACGUAUAUCUUGCAGCGAGAGAAGAACGUCUCGAAAAAAACAAUUGCAUCGAGAGUCAAUCACGGAGAGGCCAAUCGCGAAAAAACAUGUUUCUUGUGUAUCGAGUUUUUCAGUUGCGCAUAACAUAUAUAUAUACAUAUAUACACAUAUAUACACGGAUGUAUAUGCAAUAAUGAUGAAUUUAUCCAUGGCACGUCGCAGUAUUCUAUGUAAUACCGCUACUACCGGUGCUUAGCGGUAUCGUGGCGCUUCUCUUUCGUUGAUAGUGUCAGUUGUAACAGUGACAAUCCGAUAGAUUUUAUUUACACGACAGGAGGAAUCGCGGUCCUUCGAAAUUACGAUCGUCGAUCAUUGCUACAGGACCAUGAGUGACGUAAUCUGUAAGCCAUCGAGUAAUUCAUCACUGGUUAAGCAUGUAUGAUAGGAGAAAAGUCUCGAUAGAAAUGUGAAACGCGAGAGUAACGAGAGGUGGCAAAAUAAUAUUACUUGUAUGUUCUCAUAUGCAAAUACGUUCUAAUAGUUUUGUCCGAAGUUACGGGAAUAAUAAAUAAUCAUGAACGAAUCAUACGUGGAACAAUCGCGAGAAGUGAUUGUUUUAAAUCGUGAUUAUUAUGACAGAUUAUUUUCUGCGAUUUUCGGAUAAGUCGUUAGAGUCUGAGCUUCUGUUUGACAAUACCGUAUCCAGAAUGAAUACGGUAUUAUAUCGAUCGAAUGGAUGAAAGUAGAUCAAACACACGUUUGUUUGUGCAUAAAGCAACCCAUGUUUACGUCUAAUCGAAAUAGGAGGUUAUAGGAGGCAGUAGCCAUUAACGCCUGGCAAGGAAUUUUCACCUGAAAAUAUAUAUCUUAUAAUGAUAAUCAAGGCUUGUCGCCUGAAUUACUAAAAUUGGCUAUAUGAUAGAGGCGGCAACAGCAAUAAAUAGACAAUCUGAUCACUUUGGAAUCCGACUGGAUGCGAGAGAGUAAUUAUGCGAUGAAUUUGAUCGUGUAACGACACGUACAUUCGCAUUUUCUUGCGCUUCAAAUACAAGUGACGGCAAUUUUCAACUUGCGAGUGAUCAAAUAGCAAAAAGUGAAAAGUUUCAGACGGAACGAAAUUGAGUGGAACUUCGCUAACUGUGCGCAGGAACUCGUCGCCAACUCGUCGCAUUAACCUUAUGGGUAAUGGGAAUCAAUAGAAAUUUGCGUCGCUCGUUCGGAGUCCGAUUCGUGCUCCUCCACGGAGUUCAUUGUGCUUCCCUCUAGGGGUAAAAUUCGUUGGGGAAUUUUUACACACACAUAAACUACACGGCACGGCAAGUAAAAUCGUACUUAUCUUGUCCGCAAAAAGAGAAAAGUGAAAUAUCUUACAAGAAAAUUACACAAAUUGGAGAAGCAAUUUGUGUAAAGAGAAACGAUAAAGAUCACUCGAAAGAGAGUCGCACACGUGACUCCUAACUUAAUAGAACAAGUCUCUCUAUGAGGUUAACGGGUGAGUAGAUGAAGCGAGUGUUUUACGAUAUACGAUUUUCGCAUCGCACAAAAUGGAGUAGAAAAUCGUGAGACGAGUUACGUUAACGGUUCGACUUAUUGGCACGACUUGGUCCGCUCUUCUUAUGAUUUCAUCUAUGAGACUGACAAAGAAGAUGCAUUGAGCCACGGUUAGUUCCGAGUGAUAUUAAAACACGUUGUAAUGACGACGCACGAUCGUUCUCGUUGUUCCUUCCCGUUGCAAUGAACAUCACAGCGUUGAUGCAAGCGAAGCAAGCUCGUCAUCUUUUUCGAUACUCUAGUUCUACACACGGCGUUGCGGACGACCAUAGAGAGCGCUGUGAGAACGUCGAAAAAAGGAAAUCAUGAGAGGCGAUUAGUGCUGUCGUAACUACAUAUUGUGCGUAGUGUAAUUUUGUGCGUCGGUUCGGGGAAAAAAACGGGAAGGGAGACACGUACCGACGAAACACACGUUGUUACACGAUCGAGCGGGGAGGGAAAGAGGAAAGGGCUGAAACGCUCCGGACGCAGGAUCGUACUGAGAAACAGAGGACGAUCAAUGCAUCGCCUGCCGAUUCUCCCGAGUGUAAUGAUUUAUCAGGGUGAUCAAGAACAAGGUGCAAGAUGGACGAAUACGACAAAAAAUUCGCAGAAAUGCAAAAGUAUAUUCCAUUCUUGGAAGCGAUGAUUGAGAGGCUACAAAACGUCAAGGAUAAGUCCCGAGAAUUUCAGUUGCAGAAAAUGCAGGGUCUUCAUGGAAUCUUAUCAGAUAACAAGCGAAAGCUAAAAAUCGAGACACUACAACGGUGUGAGGAUGUUUUGCAGAAACUACAUAGUAGAGUAGAAAAGUUUCAGGGAAACGCGCCUGGUUUACAAUUACCAGCUAAGCAGAACGAUGUUAUCACGUUGCAACCUUCGAUAUUGCUAGAGGAUGCAAAGUCGGAUCAAAAUGACCAAGUGGAGCAAAAUGCGGAAAAAGUUAUAGAUCUUGACGAGACGCCGGCGAGUCCAGAUCCUAGCGGAUCUUCCAGUCCUGAUUGUCAAAUUCUGCCCAUAGUAAUUCCUACCGAGCGCAGCACGAACUUACUUCGGGAGAAAUGCGAUAGACGACAAACGAAGUCUAAUAUAAUACCAGUUAUCACACUUACGGAUAAUAAUACGAGAAGUAGCGAGUCGCCCGUGGAUUCCAAUAUGGAUGAUGUCAUGUUCAACGAGUGGGAGAUGCUGGAAGAAUCGCAUAAUGCAAAGAACAAAAGUGAUUGGAAGUCAGUGACCUCCGAUAAUGACGUAGCAAUUGCAGCAAAAUUGGUCAGUAGUAAUCUGCCGCAAAAGGUUAAUGACGGCAGCAGAAAUUAUGCGUUGGGUUCACGAAGUGUUCCAGUGCCUUCUCGAUUUCCAUCAGUUCUGGAAAAGAACAAAUUGAAUGUAGACAUUUCGGAGGAAAGUUUAUCCAGGCCGGAAUCACCUGUAAACGUUCCGGAGGUGAGACUUAACUCUCCCGAUCCUGAGAUAUUGUUCGCUAGACCUAGGGUCACGUCACCCAGGUUGAAGGACAAUUACAACGUACCGAAGACUGUAUCGAUACCGCCAUCGAUACCGCUCUUACUUUCGCCGCCUGCCUCCAGUAAACCUCCGUUAUCCAUGGAAGAUCUGGCCAAGUUGCUAAAUGAUGAGGGCGAGGCCGAGAAAAAGGGUGACAAGGCAGACGAGGACAUCACAAAGCACAAAAACGACUCGAGCAAGCACGAGAUGAGUCUGGUAAAUAAAGACGGCAAAACUACAAAAAAUUUAUCAUCUGACGCGGUCAGAGAAAGUGAAAAGCGCUGGGAAGAGGUGAACAACCAUAAUAUUAAAUUUACCACUAGAAAAUCCAUUUCAAACAUCGGAGCGACUUCGGUUGUAAAGCUAAACGAGAUGAAAAGGCCGCCUUUUCCAUCAAAUGAUCAUAGAUCGGCGCCGCAGGUAUCUUCUCCGGGUUCAAAGUUUCAAGAACCGCGUUAUGCGGAUAAUUAUGAGAAACAUCCUCGUCAGCGUGAUGUUCAUGGUUACGAGGGUGUAAAGGACAAGCUGGUUGUCCCCAAUGCCGCUGUAGAAACGUCACCUCAGAUUCAUCUAAAUGUCAUGAACAAACCGGACGAGAGGAGCAAUUCGUUGUAUCAAAGGCGGCCGAGCGUCGUACCGUCGGAAGGAUGGAAGGAUACGGUAACUCCAUCCAGGUCAGAAAGUGAAUUCGUGAUAGAAGGCAUCGACUACUACAAUAUGAAUCAGAUGCAUUGGCCAUCUUCCGGUACUACUGGCGACAAUCAGUUUAACAACGCGCAAUGGACGUCCCCCCCCGUUUACGGUGGAAUAUCCAACCCAUCCUUACAACCACCCGCUCAGCAUUCUUACCAACAUCCGAUGGAGCCACAAUUCAGACCGAAUCAAUUUCCGUCGAAUUUACCCGCUGGACCCAGACCGCUGAUCAGUCCUGCUGUGCGACCUCAGGACAUAAAUCACGCGGCGAGACCGGAAAAUAUUCGAGAGGAUAUACUUCCUUUAAGAUCUACUCCCGGAUUUCCGGUUACUCCGCAAUAUAGAGGCUUUCAAAUUCAGGGAUCUUACGAUCAGGCCUUUGAUAGGCCUUCGGUGGAUUACGCUCACGGGAGACCGACCUGGAAUGAAUCCGCCAACAGAGCAAGCGACGUUACUUAUGAGAAUAUAAUUCCUUGUGGAAUUCAGACCGCAGAAAAUUCGACAAUUUCUUAUCCGCGACCUAAUACACCUUGUCCUUGGGGUUCGCGAGACAACAGAUGCAACAGAGGUCGCGGAAGAGACACGUAUUACAACGACAGAAGCAGGACGGAAGUAAGGCCCAAUUUCAAUCGCGAUGUGCGCCGAUCCGAUUGGCCACGGGACGGUCAUUCUGAUCGAGAAAAUCCUCCGAAUCGCUUCGCGAAUCGGGACCCGCGCGUUCGUACUUCCACAGAUCAUAAUGUGACGAGCUCAAGUCAGGCCAAAGAGACCAGCGCUUCUGUUAGAGAUCCACGUCUUGCCAAAGAUAAACACGUAAAUACGCCAGUUAAAGCCAAAGAUACCGUUCAAAAUGAGCGAGAUCCGAGAAAACGGCCACCGUUCAAUUCAACUGUGAAAACUACGACGCCAACAAAAGAGAAGUCGAAGUUGAAAAAAUCUGAGAAGGAAAAGGUUGAUAAAUUGCCAAAGGAUAGGAUGCAGUCGCCAUUGGAAAGCCUCUAUGGUGCGAUCGAUACGACGAAGUCUUGUCAAGGUUCCGGUCUUCAGAAGUUUCGAAUUCCGAAGAUCAAACGAUCCGAAUCGUUGCAGCCGACUUCCAUCACGAACGAAUCAAAGAGAAGUGGGAUUACAUCAUCCAAAUUACCACGUGCAAAGAGCAAUAGCAAAAAGAGCAACGUUCUGAAUAGUUCACGUUCUGAAAAUAUUGGUAAGGAAGAUACGAACGCUGAGGUGAGCAGCAGCAGCGAUAAUACCACAGAGAGUUUUAGCCAACUGAGGCAAAAUGAUGUAUCAUCUUUCGUCGAGGAGACAAAUAGGAAUGAAAUAAAGAUUGGCGAGGCGGACUCGGUGACGAAUGAUUCCAAGUCUAGCGAUAUUGCCACUGACGAGGGCAAGAAGGAUGAGUCUGAAGCAGACGGGGCAAAAUUCAAGGAGGAGGUGACGCAAGAAUGGGUUGAAGCACUGAUCAGGAAGUCGUUCGAGUCUGGGGAGGGUAAAAAGUUGGUUGAGCAAGCGAAGUUGAUACAAAAGCUCGGAGAGGCGCUAAAGGCGAAGAAAUUUGAGAAGAUCAAGAAGAUCAUCGAUUCUGAAUCUGAGAGCAGUAACUCGGAUAAAGAAGCGAUUGAACCGAGAAAGUCGCAAACUAAGAAAAAGAGGCGAGUAAUCGUGUCAGAUAGCUCAGAUGAUGAAUGUCUUGCGGAGAGACUCGGAAUUUUAAAUACGAGCAUUGAUGCGAGUGACGAAAGGCCAGUAGUAGCAUCGAAUAAUUUGAAUGAGAAGUUAACUAAAAAUGCGAAGGCAAGUGACAGGGGAGCAUUAGAAAGUAGUAGUGAAAAGCGUGAUGUUCAAACAGAUGACGACAAAAGUACAAAUGUAGAGAAUGAUCGAUUAGGAAAUAAUGAAAAAAUUGAUAUUCGGUUAGAAAGUAAUAAACUUAUUAACAACUCGGUAAAUAUCAGAGACAAAAAUAAUGAUAAAGGGAAAAUGCAAGUAGAUGAACACGAUAAAGUCGAUCGAAUCUCGCAAGAAAAAUCGAAGAAUACAAGUGGCACAGAACAGUUGUUAGAUCCGAAUAAAAAUCCAUCAGACAUGGAGCCUACUGUUUCCAGUGCAAACGGCCGAGUUGACGAAAUUUCUGAUGAUAAACCGAAAGUAAAAACGAAGAGAAGAAAUUCUUUGGAAAUGCUACAGGAGGAUAUCAGGGAAAUGUUCAUUAGCGAGGGUGUAGUAAUGGCAACAGGCUAUCGGAUGUGCCGAAAAAAGGAAGCCUCUGGAAUAAACUUAAACACAUCAUUGGGUAAUUUUAGAAAGGACGAGACAUUAAGUAUACUUGAUAAAAAGAUAACGGAGCCGCAGAAUUCCGAAGCGGAUGAAUCGAUAGCGAACAAUCCUAAGUUAAAAAAGACCUUAAAAUCGAACAAAUCGAAAACCAAAAAUAAAAAAGACGUUAAACGAGCGACACCACGUAGUUUGCGUUCCAAGGAGCCCAUUCCGAAUUCUGACAGCGAGGAAGAUCAACCAUUAGCUCUGCGUACAGAGAAAUUAUUAAACAGUACUGGUAACAGCGUGCUGGAUCAAGAAGAGGAUCAUGAUGAGGAAUUGCGCAAAUCUAAGCGCGUUCUGCGUAAGGAUUCUGUAAAAGAGCCACGAGUGGUUGUGGAGAAGACGGAUAUCGCAAAAAUUGAUUCAUCCAAAGUGAUGUUCGAUAGUUCAUCCGAUGAGAGCUUCGGGAUAGAUGUGUCUGAAUUAGCUGCCGCUGUGGAUAUUUCGCCCCCAGUCUCAAACCAGGAGAAACCGUCCGAUCAGGACUCAAGUGGCGGAUUCGCAGUGGCGAGUUCGAAGCAACAAAGAAUUGCGAAAAGUAAUAAAUGCAACACGAAGCAGAAGAAAUCGUCCUUCAUCGCUGACGAUAAGAACGAAGAUGGGAUAUCUCUGACAGACGACGAGAGCGCGACGUCCGAUAUCUCUAUGUCGAGUAGUACAAUUGUGGAGAAGAGAACGAACGGCGGUUCAGCUAGAACGUCCACUAAGGAGGAGUUAUUAAGUAAUUUACUGUUUGGACUGGUGCCGACGACGACGAGGAGGAAAAGUUCAAUUGAUAAAGGCAGUGAAGCAGACUUUGACGAUGAUCCAGUGACUGUCGAGACGAGCGCGAAGAAGACUUCGGUGAAGAAAAAGAAAAAGAAAUCCAGCUGGCAAAUGGGUAUAGUGUCUACUAAAAAGAAGAAGAAGAAAAAGACAAUAGCUUCAACAGCUUCUUUCAAAACCACUCAAACAAAUGCUGAAGAGACAAGUGAAGCAACAACUAUCUUGACGAACACCGUAGAAGAUAUUAAUGUUGCAGCGACAGAAAAAACUUUGACGGAAAGUGCUGUCGAUGAGCACCUUGUAAAUGCGGAUGUAGAUCCUGUAGAUAUUAGUUUCGAGAAUGUUAAACCGCUUAUAAGUACGAAUAGUUCUGAUGUAAAUAAUACGAAAUUAAGUGAUCUCGCUGCGGUCGAAACUUCGAAUGUAGAAUCAUUUUUAGAGCUUUUCUCUUUCGAGGAGAGUAAGCCGAUAGUGAAGUCGGAGAAGGAGAUAGAAGAAGCAGAAAGCACGAAUAAUAUCGUUACCGCGCCAAGUAGUGACACUGAUAAGAUGACCACGAGUUUUGACCACGAGAAGAAAUCACGAAAGAUCGUUUACGAUGAGAUAAUGGAAGAGAUGUUCCGUAAGAUAAGUGUCAAUCGUCUGAUGGAUUACGUAUGGACUGGCCAGGACAAGUACAAGUGCUUGCUGUGUAUCUUCACGGGUAAGAACAUCGUCCACCAUUACAAAAUAAAUCAUCCCGGUAGGGAAGUGCUGAUCGCGCGUCUCAAGUCGGUGGAUGCUCGGGCCGCGAUGGCGGAUGCUGAAAAUGAUAGGACGAGACCUGCAGGGACUACGGUAACGGAUGAGGUGUGCAAGUUUCGUUGUAGAUUCUGCUGCUUCGUGACGGAAGGCGCAGCGGACGUAGCAAUCGAAGCGUUCUAUGAACAUUGCACUACGCACACGGGCGAAUACAGGUUUCACUGCAACAGUUGUCCGUAUCAAGCCGUGGCCAAGGCGUCCAUGAGGACGCACUAUUAUAAAAUGUGUCGCAAACACAAUGAUACGUUCAGCGAGUCCGCGUCCGAAGACGAUGUGCCGAGAGAGGGUGGCGUCUAUGGCUACUUAUGUCGUGAGUGCAAUUAUGUGCAGCUGAAGCGAAGCAACGUGGAGGCUCACGUGGCGUUUUGGCAUCGGAAUGCCAAGAACAUUGAAAUCCUGAAGAUUAACAUGUCUGUGAUGACUACCGAGGUCGCCGUGAGUUGCAACGAGGCGUCGCAAGAGUCAAUGUCCCUCAAUAUAGAGAAGUCUUUUGCCGUAGAGACAAAGUUGGAGCUCUCUGAGCCCGAGAAUGCGGAUGGUAGGAACGUAGGAUCGGAGGUAGAUAUGAGAACAAGGGAAUCUCAAGAAGACAACGGCAAUAUUAGCGAAGAGUGCAGCAGUGUGCACGAACCAAAAACAGAGGAAAGCAUCCAGAUUAAGGAAGAAGAAAUUGAUGAGAAAUCUAAGGUAUCUCAAGGAGAAAAUUCGGAAAAUUCGGUAAACACUGGUAAUCUGAGCGCAUUCGUUUGCCCACCGGAGCUGGAGAACAAGGAAGUCGAGAUACAACGGGAACGACAGAAAAUGAUGCAGGAAGUCGCUAAUAGCAUCCUGUUGAAAAACUUUUCCAAAUCAGAUUUGUCCAUAAUAGACAAGUUGCAGGACAAGAUGCGUACGGAUGCGGUCGUUAACUCUAGUCCCGAGUGCAAUGCGAUGCAAUACGAUGCAACGAGUACUCUAGAAACAGUGAGUCCUCCAUUGUCCGUUAUGUAUCAAACAGCAGAGUCCUUAGAAUCUGUCAACAACAUGAUUAUUAUGGAGGAUCCAUUGUGCCAAUCAAGUAGUCAAGCAUCGAGUAGCCAAGAGGAUCGAUCUUCGCUCAUAGAAGAACAGUCGGUCGGCGAUAGAUCGGCAGUAGCGGACAACGUAGGCGGCAAGGUGGAUACGAAGAUUUGGGACCCCCUCGCGAUCAUGGAUCCGUGCAAAAAGGACGACGACGAAAGCGACGGUGAGAUCAGUGACAAUGAACACUCGGCGCCAGUCUUCGAAUCGGACUCCAGCAGCGAACAAUCAGACUCCGAAACGACGGAUGUAAACAUGAUCCUGAAAGAGACGUCCAACAUGAACGUGUCUUCGUCACGAGACCCGAUGUUGACAACGAUUCAGAGACUGGCCGCUCAGUUGCAGAGCGCCAAACCGUUGGAGUCGAUGCCCGAAAUGCUCGAGAGCAAAAUGGAAAUCAAAUGCGAAUUCGAAUCGUUGAUCCCGAAACCUCCGGAUGUUGUAUCAAUUGCCGAUGCUGCGCACUCACAAAAUGCGGAGCCAGAACAAGUGUCAACAUCGCGCAGUGAUUUUUCACUCAAUCCGCCAAAGAACUUUAUCAGGUUCAGGCGAUUGAGUGGUGACAUGCUGUCCGUGCCAGCGCAGUUGUCGGAUGAUCGAGAGAACGCACGAGCCGCCAAUGCAGAUGGAACUGAAGUAAACAGCGCAACGGAUAUGUUACAAACGGACACGGAGGAAGAGUGUUCAUUCUUGAAGAUCGCAAAUGUGGUGAGCCUUGCACCAAGAUCCGAUGGCAGUGAAACUGAAAGUUUUAUUGUGAACAACAUCAGAAAGGCGGUAGAAAUCUCUCCCGCGAAGAACAAGAUAUUGUCCUUGAAGAAGGCAAAUCAACCUUUGAUAUUAAAGAAGGUGAACGUUAUAACGCAACCCCUGGCGAGUUCGAGUGCGCAAGGUCACAUGCAGUCGGUCACGUCGGAGCACUUGACCCUACUCCCGAUUAAAAGUUUGCCGGCGUCCGUCUCGACGAAGCCCGCUACCGCUCAUCUGAGAAGCACGAACUUCAUGCCUAUCGCUCCAAAGAUCAUUCAUUCGUUGGAUUCUAAUAAAGUGACUUUCCAGUCGCUAAGCAAAACUCCCGUAUCGAGUCCAAUCACCACGCGACCAAUAGCCGUCUCGUCGGCAAAUCCGUCAUCAAAUGUGAAUUACAAGAUCCAGUUCAAAAUGGUGCGCACGCCCACGGUGAUCAAACCUAAAGACCCGCCAGCCUCGUCCGUCGUGAUUACGUUGAAGUCCAUAGACGCUUACACGACGAUGAUGAAGAAGCCGAAGCUCGUCCACUUUUACAAGUGCAUGAGCCGCGAUUGUCACUACACAAGCGAUUCGCUCAAGUUGUACGGCCAACACUAUCAUCAGCAUCACGAGGAGACCAGCAAACAGAACAACGUGCCACCGCAUGAUUUUCAGAAAUGCGCAUAUUGCUACAUGACUCUAAACGAUUGGACUAACAUGAAGAGUCAUUUGUGGGAGAAGCACAGUCAUUGUCGGUACCAGUGUGCGUAUUGUUUCUAUCGCGCGAUCGUGCCGUCUUACGUGCAACAACAUCAGGCGCUGCAUCACGCGGGCAACAAAUUGUGCUUCCUAAUGGGUAAAAUGAUCAAGCUGGCCCAAGUCCGAGAAGACGUUAAUCGUAAAGAUUACACGUUGCCAUUUGUAUGCAAUCACGAUUGUGGAAAAGCUUUUUACGCAUUUGAUACAUUUGUCAAGCAUUUAAAGGCGAAACCAGCGUCCCCUUCAUUCUCAAAACAUUUAUACAAAUGUCACUUGUGCACUACCACUUGUGGGACGAUAGAAUUGCUAAUGUCCCACUACAAGUUGCAUGGCUUUUCCAAAUACCAGUGUUUAUAUUGUCUAUAUGGUGCUGAGACUCUAUCUGAAGUGCAUCAGCAUUUGAGCUCCUUUCACUACGAUCGAUUGCCUCACGCUCUUGAACGCACGCUUCCUUCAACGUCAACACGCCAGUUAGACGUUGUGGAACAACUUAUUCUACGAACUUUCGACGAUAUUAAACGAUAUAUCAUAAACGCUAAUGAAGGAAGUGAUGAUUUGAACGCUGCUGGUUCCAAAAAGAAUACCUCCAUAAAAAACGUAACAAACGAUCAAAUUUCUAUAGCUUCGUUAAAUGAGACUGUUGUGGCAUCCAAUUUCCUCGAGGGUAUCAACGAUAGUCCGAGUAAUGCGGAAAUUGCUGCCAAUAUUCCCAAUACUUCAGCACAGCAGUGCAAGGAUUCGUCUCUCGGCGCUAUUAUUAAAAAUAUUAGUAACAAUGCUGCCGAGAAACAACUUUUAAUAAUAAAUGAAAACAAAGCGUUCUCGCAGUCGGAGAAGACAAAAUUGAGUGAAUACGCGACAAAUCAGAUAUUUCACGAGCCGGAAUUGGAACUGCUGUCGUCUGUAAACGAGAACGCAGUGGAUCCGUUAAACUGUUCGAGCGAAUUCAGCUGUAACGAUGAAUUCGUGAAUACCAAUCUUCUCGAUAAUCCCGAAAUAUUGAAAAGUUUUGGCAUCAACUCUGAUACGUCCUUCAAGGAUAGUACAGCGGCAUUAGAAGGUAAGACGGACAGAACGGAGGACAGUGAUGUCGAGAUACUGGAGAACGUUGAAAGCGAGAAAAAGAUUGCAGAAAAAAGAAAUGUCGAGGACAAUAAAAAUCAAACGAUGAAUCCGGAACCUUCGAGAAAGAAUACCGAGAAAAGUGAACAGUUCGUGUGCAAUAAAGCUGAGGACAAAUGUAUCCCUGAGAAUACACCGACAAGUUUUGUUGACGUAGGUACGCAACAGGAAAAACCUUUGACCCUGGACGAUAUUAAAGAUACCGGUCGUACCGGACUUGACCUGUACAAAUGUGGGUGUCCGAAUUGUAAGUUUGCGGCACCCAACUCGUCUCUAUUGCGAACGCACAUGAAAGAAUGUACUAUCGGAAUGUCCAUCAAAAAUCUGUUUUGUGCACAUUGCAAGAAACGUUUUGUCAAAAUCGGAUUUCUCCUGGAACACUUGAAGGCUCACGGACUAAAGCGCUUCGGAUGCUCGCAGUGCAAAAUGAGAUACGCGGUCUCGUAUCAAGCUACCGCUCAUAUGAAGACAAAACACAAAUUCCCCAACACGAAAUUGGUGCCCGCGGAUCCAACAAAUCCAUCGGUCGAUGGUCUCUUCGUCGUGCAUGCAAUUCCGUUUGACGAACGAAAAACCAAGAAACGUAAAGGUGGAAAAUCCGGGAUGGAUCAAGAAAAAGAAAAAAUGGAUAACGAGAAAUUAUCCUUUAAUCCAGAUGAGAUAGAGCAGUUACCACGUCAGGCAAUUUACAAUCGAGAGAUACAGUGUGCCAUGUGUCCUUAUACUACGAAAGUUCGAACAAACAUAAUCCGACAUCUGCAAUUACAUGCUAAGGAUGAAACUGUACCCGAGACAGGGCCAGUCAAUCCUGUCCCUUGUUUGGAUAAGAAGGAAAAAAUGUUCGACAAAAUGGUAAAUUUGGCAAGCAGUUCGCAUCAGAAUGGCCGAAUGGGCGGAAAGAAACCGAACGAAACUGUUAAAGAAACCGAACAGGACAAUGGCAUACCAAAGUAUGUACCGGAACAUAAAAGGUAUGUGUGUGGCGUAGCAGAAUGCAAUUAUCUAACGGUGGAUGAGGCGAUGCUAAGGUAUCACUUGAAGGCCCUACAUUCAGAAGAACCGUAUUUCCGUUGUCCACAUUGUCCUCCACCAAUAUCCGGCCAAGAGAGCCAAAAUAUAGCGAUCGAUAAAAUGGGCGUUCACUUAAAAAUGCACGAUACGAGGCUGUAUAAAUGUUCCCAUUGUAAUCAUCAUCAUUAUCACAGUGUUGAAAUGUCACCUAGGCACGUUGUGGAACGGCAUCUCACCGACAAGCAUCCUGAGAAGAGACCUUUCGUGAAGGUAAUAAGGGAGCUGGAUGGCACAGAGAACAGUCAGCAAUCGAGUCAAGAGGAAGCGGAGGAGGAAGUGCCUGAUCCGAAUGGCAAUCACUGGAAGUGCAAUCUCUGUGACUUCAAGUGCAUUUACAAGGCCGAUAUAUCUACGCAUGCGACAACCGUUCACGACGAAAAUUCACAGUACAAGUGCACCCUGUGCACGUUUAAGACGAAUGCAAAAAUACUUGUUGAACAGCACAUGAGUAGUAAGCACGUGAACGAUUCCAACGUCGAUUACAUCACGGUGUAUCAAAAAAUCAAAGGAAUCAGUAAACGUAACGCGGAAGCCACCGAGCAGGGCGGGCAGGAGGAGCCUUUUGACACGACGCCGCUUUGGACAAGAAGCAUGCCGCGGAUUCGGCACAUCCGCGGAAUCCUUUUGGAGGAGGAGAUCGAAAGCUUGACGAUGAAUGAAGCUCCUGUUUCCUCGGCCUCGAAGGUGUCUCUGGGUAAACGCAAGAGUGACGUGGACGUAUUCACGAAAUCAGCUAAAAUAAAAUCAACCGGAAAGUCAGCGUCCCUCGACGAGAAUAGCAGGCAAUCUAACGAGAAAUCGAAGAGAUCUCUGUCGUGCGAGAAGCUAUACGGUGACGGGGAAGGUGACGAACAAGCUACGAAGAAGAGUGCACAAAGCAGGAUUAGUUUGCACAACGUCGAUGCCAAAUCGCCGAAAAAUUUGAAAGUAGACGCGACUGAGCUAAGUGACGUUAGUGAUUCGGAUGUCGGAAGAUUCGGGCCUUACGGUAAACCGGAUGGUAAUCUGUACAUCUGCACGCUGUGCAAUCACUUCAAGACAAAGUACAAGCACGAUAUGAGAGAUCAUCUUUAUAGAGAGUUGAAUUAUGCGAGAUGGCACUGUAAAGCGUGUGGAUAUCUAUCAGUAAAUCGUAAUGCGUUAUUGCAACAUUUCGGAAAGCGUCACAAUACAGCGUGCGCAGAACACGAACCACUUUCACCGGACAACGCGAUUGAAGAUUGGGUGAUGACUCUGCUAAAAAAGCAGACCGAUAUGAUAAAAGCGUAUCAACACGCCAAUGCUCCGUGUAAAACAAUUAAGACACACGGCACGAGUGCAGAAGUUGAUAAAACAAUUUCCAUGAAGGCAGUUGAAGGUAACAAGAAAACUGUGAGUCUCGCAUCUACGACCACCCAUUUGCAGAAUGAUCUUCGAGACGCGAACAGAAGCAACAUAGAUACUGAUGACGGUGACAGUAGGGAUGAGGAGCUUGUGAUUGAUAUGAAAGAGGACGAGGCAUUUGAAAAUAGGAACAAUGAAAAUGAAUUGGAAAAUGAGAAAAGUAACAAGAAGACCACCGAGGUUCUGGAAAAGCCACUGGUCUGCAAACAUUGUCGAAUGAAGUUCACCCGUCUACGCGGCUUCAAGUUGCACGUUCAAUUGUCACAUCUGAAGCGACUCUUUUUCCUGUGCCCUUACUGCGAUCGCAGCACUAACUCAGAAGUGAUUAUGCGCCAGCAUAUUCGUUCGAAGCAUCCGAACGAUCCGGAAAGGAUUGUACCCAAUCCACAAUCUACAUGGGGAAGCGCGAAACUGACCAAUGAGUUCUGGGAAAAGGAAUACGGUCUUGUUUUCCCGCUGAAAACUAAGAAGCGAAAAUUGAUGGCAAAUGAUAACAGCAGUGAUGGCGGUAGUAUCAAUGGUGCUAAUGAUGGUGAUGGCAGUGGCAAUAGUAAUGGCAAUGGUGGUGACAAUGGCAAUGGUAAUGGUAAUGGCAGUGGCAGUGGCAGUGGCAGUGGUAAUGGUAAUGGCAAUGACAAUGACACUAAUACUGAUACUGGUACUGGCAUUGGCACUGGCACUGGCAAUGACAAUUGUAAUGACAAUGACAGUGUCAGUGACAGUGGCAUUGGCGCUACUACUGACACUACUACCACCUCUGGCAAUGGCAAUAGCAAAGUCGGUGCUGGUAGCGGUAGUAGCGAUAGAGGCAAGAACAUUACCAGCGACCGUAUGGAUGUCCGGGAGAAUUGUUGUGAAAUUUGCGGCUUCACAGCCGUGAAUUAUACCGGACUGAAGUCGCACAUGAGGAUGCACGCCGCUCCCAAGCACAAUCUAAAGUGCUCGUACUGUACUUAUAGUUGUUCCCUAAAGGCUGAACUGCUAGAACAUUGGAAGUACAAUCAUCCCUUGCUGCCGUUGAAGCGUCAGGAAUUGCCGACGACCGAAUUCUACGAAACGAGUAAACCAUCAUCGUCUAAGAAACGAGACAUCAGUAUCUACGAUGCAUUGGACGACGUGGAGGAGGAAUGCAUGUUUAACAGCAAUCCGGUAAAUAUGACCUACAGCUGCUUCUACUGUAAUUUCCGCCACAAAUCAUUGUCGUACAUUAAACGGCAUUGGAUUAUUAACCACAAGGAAUGGAAAACCUCGAAGAAUGCUCCAAUGAUCAGUCUACCGUUUAAAUACAAGCAAAUACAUUUGCCAAUUUCGAAAUUAUCAUCUAAUAAUUGCGUGAAUGAAAAUGUCAUUGAGUUGCCUCACGAUUUUGUAAAGCGAUCCAAAAAAUGUGGCUGGGUCUGUCAAUGGUGCGAGGAAUUCUGCGAAACGGACGAGGACAGAAUAACCCAUCAGAAUAUGUUCCAUUCGCAUCUACCGCAGAACUUCAAACAGCAAGAGGAGCAACAACAACAACAGCAGGAGGAUCAAUCAAAAAGUACGUCGGCACAGGCUUUCGCGCAUAAUGUCGAGAAACAUCCAAGUCUCACGGCAAAGAGCGAGGACGUUUUCAACUUGAAUUCGGUUGUGGAAAACCUGAUGAGUCAGAUCGAACGGAAUGAGACGAGUGAUCCGAGGAACAAGAUUGGUCAGAGUUGCGCUUCGAUGUCGAAGGAAGGUAGCGGUAGGGCUGUCGCGAGAAAGUCCACGACUAGAUCAGCUCUUCUGUAUUCAAGACCGGGCCCACGCAUAUUUAAAGCUGUUGCUCGCAAGUCCACGAAUCCGCUACCCAAAUAUCGAUCAAGCAUCUUCGCCUCACGCUCGGCAACAUCGCAGCUCGUGAAGACGGAAUCUGAGAGGGAAGAGACGAGUAGCGACCAAUCGUACUCACAUUAUGGGAUACCAAAGAGUCCCGUUAAUUUGAGCAACUUGAGCACGUACAUGAUAGUCGGAGGUCACAGUAUGAGAGUGAACUGUCUCACUCUCGCCACAUUGAUCAAUAUCAAUCCGAAAGUAAUAUUGAGGGACGUUAGGAAGGAUUCUAGAUACGCUGGAAUUUUUUGCAAUUCUGUUUCCGAAUAACGUUACUGUAUAAUGAUUUCCUACGCAAUUAAGAUGCACAUAAUUUUUUCCUGGUUAAAUAUGUUCCGUUAAUGAUUACUCGUGAAUCAGUGUAAGAAUUAGCACGUAAGCGUAAUUUUAACAAAAAUAUCCCAAUGAUAAUUUCUAUACGAAAUUUAUUUAUGAUGAAACUUAUUUAUGGAGCAAAGAGUACAGAAUGUCAUAACGCCGAAAAAUUCAAUUUUAAUAUUAUUUGUACAUCUUUGCUUUUGUGUUCCUCAUCUCACAGAACUGUAACGUGUACAUAGCAAAUGCGGUUAUUUAUAACAUAAUCGUGUAUAUAUAUAUAUAUAUAUAUAUAUAUAUAUAAAAUAAGAAAUAAUAGAGAAAGAAAAGAUAAAUCUCUCGAGUAUAUGUUUAAUGUGAUACUUUUAUAUGUGGAAAAACUGUUUGUUGAAGUCAAAAGUUUCUUUUAUCUCACAAUUUAUUAUGCACUCGCAUCGUAAUAAUUACUGAAAUUAAGCUAUUUUAUAUAUUUUUUUCGUAAAAUUAUAGUUAUGUUAAUUUAUAUUACUUACAUUCAUACUAUUAACAUUAUGUGAUAUUUAUGUCAUUUGAAACAACACAAUAUACGCAGAUAAUUAUAACUGAUACAAAAAGAAGUAAAGGCAUAAAACAUUAUAAUAAUUCACUUGCACCAUGUAAAUAUUUUAUUUAAGCGUUGUAUUUAAAUAUCUUAUAUUUUAUAUUUAUCCUACCUUUAUGAAAUAGAGAUAAAAACUUGCAUAUUUAUUUCAAAUUCGUAUACCAUUACUUCAGCAUCGUGUGUGUGUGUGUAUAUACACAUCAGAAUUUUCGUAUUGCAAGAUAUCUUUAGUGAGUUUUCGUUUUCAACUAAUAAAUUCGUUCAAUAAAUGAUAAAAAACAAUGAGUAGAAGAAUUUGAAAAGAUAAGACUGACAAGCGUCCUAUAUAUCAUAAUAGGAAUAGCUUUUAAGACAACUGUAAAUAACAUAUAUGUAUCAUAUCUCAAAUAAAUAUUUUUGAUUUUUAUAAAUUCA